AUGGUCAUAUACAAUCCGGAUUGCAAUGGAGAAGUGGACGACGAGGUCGAGAAUGCAUUCUCUGACAUCAAAAAUACUGGUCCUCCCGAUGUGUCCAGCUCCAUCUCCACCUCCAGUCUCAGCAUCCCUUCUACGCAUCUGCCAGUCUUGACGAGCAGAUCCAAACUGAAUGCGCGCCCUGGUCUGGCAAAAUCUUCUCCCUACGGAUCGCUCGACACAACUAGAUCGGCGCACGAAACACACGAAGCCCUAACCAGGACCUGGGCGAUCCUGCUUCACCAAUACGCGGUGUCGGACACCGUCGCCUUUGCGGAACGACAAUCCCUCCACGGCCUCUUCCUCAAAUCUGCACGUGCAACCCCCCACGCGCCCGCCGUACACGGCUGGGAUGGACAGUUCACCUACGCGGAGCUCGACCGUCUUUCUAGCAUUGUGGCUAGCCAGCUCCUGCGCCGGGGAAUCAGCCGCGGCAAGCCAGUCCCAUUCAUCUUUGAGAAGAGCGUGUGGAUGGUUGUAGCGAUUCUGGGGAUCCUCAAGGCCGGCGCUGCCGUCGUCUCGAUUGAUCCCGCGCAGCCGCCGUCUCGUGCGAGGGAGAUCCUCCGAGAGACUAGGGCAACGAUAGUCCUAACAUCUACCACCCAAGCCUCGAACUCGAGCUUUUUAAACCUCGUCGAGAUAAUCCCUAUCUCGUCGGAUACUGUGCGCACGGAUACGGGCCCUGGAUUUGAAGACACAUUCCUGCCGACAGUGCACAGCCAGGAUCCAGCGGUUAUUAUUUUUACGUCAGGCUCAACCGGUAAGCCCAAAGGAAUCGUCAUCCAGCAUGGCGCCGUAGCGACGCGCAUGGUAGCCGAGGGUCGAGCCUUCCAAUACCACGGGGCUCGAACGUUGCAAUUUGCCGCCUCAACCUGGGACAUCUUCAUGACGGAUAUCUUUACCACGCUGACCUUCAACGGCUGCGUGUGUAUCCCUAGCGAGGAAGACCGGCGAUUCAACCUAGUCAAAUUCUGCACAGAAUUCGAGGUCUCCCUGGCCCUCAUCACACCGACCCUGGCCAACCUCCUCAACCCGGUAAGCUUCCCGACUCUCAGGACUCUAAUAUUCGGAGGCGAAGCACUCCGCGAAGAGGUGGUCGCCAAAUGGGAAAGUGCCAAUCGCGUUACCCUGUAUCAGGGCUACGGACCCGCCGAGACGGGACCUUGCGUCGCUGCCGGGCUAGCUAAGAGACCAGAGAUUCUGGGCUACGCGCUCGACAAUUCCGUCUGUGUCCUUGUGAACCCGCAGGACCCGACCCAGCUCGUCCCACUGGGAGCCGUCGGGGAGCUCGUCGUUGGCGGGCCGAGCCUGCUCCGGGAAUACCUCAACGACACGACCAAGACUAAGGAUGCCAUCAUUGACAAUCCGCCGCGAUUUUACCGCACGGGCGAUCUCCUCCGGUACAGCAUUGAUACGCUCGAUGGGCGGUUCGAGUUUGUGGGGAGAAUAGACGACCAGGUGAAGUAUCAUGGGCAAAGGGUUGAGCUGCGUGAGAUCGAAUAUCACCUGGGUAUUUUGCCAGGAGUGGAUGGCUGUCUUGUGACGCUGGUUAAGGAGGGAUAUUUCAAGGACCGGUUGGUGGCGGUCGUGCAGCAGGGGGAGGCCAGCGGUAGCUUGGGAGUUGGGCAACCGCUUUCAGUUCGUCCCAAUUCGACUCUUACACUCGCAGUGGUAAGAGAGUUCCUGGCCUCCCGGUUGCCAGAGUUCAUGAUUCCUAAUGAGCUGCUGGUUGUGGAUGCAUUGCCGCAUAACAGCUCGAUGAAGCUGGACCGGUCACUCGUCGCCAAAUGGCUCUCCGGGCUGCAGAGUAGCCCGUCGUCACACACUACUGCGGCUCAGGAGAUAGAAACUGGAGGACUCGAGUUACGGGCUGAUGAGUCGACCGCGCAAGUCAUUGCGCGGGAGUACGCUGACAUUGUUGCAGGCGGUAUUAUCGCCCGUCGGCAGGAGUACGAGGGCCGGGACUUCAACCUACAGGAUGGUGGGAUCGACUCGAUCCAGAUCAUGUCGCUGUCCAUGCGGUUGACUGGGCUGUUUGGGUUCCAGGUGCCCAUGAAAGAUCUCCUGAGUUCAAGAGCCACGGUGCGGGCAAUUGCUGAUGUCAUUGAUGCCAAUAUGGCCAUUCGCAAUAGAAAUGGGGGAGCAGGUCCGGCGCGAAACGUGCAGAGUCCGUUAAGAUCAUCUGUCUCUGGCCCAGCACUUCAAUCCCUUGAAGUAAAUGCAAGUAGAGUCUUUCUGACUGGCGCGACGGGCUUCCUUGGUAUUGAAAUCCUACGGCAACUCCUCGCUCUCUCGACCACGCACGUUUACGCCUUGGUCCGGGCAUCCUCAGAGGCUCAGGCUGAAGACCGCCUCAUCCAAAAGGCCAUCGCAGCUGGAUGGUGGCAGUCUAGCUACCGUCCACGCCUCCAUGUCUGGCAGGGGGAUCUCACUCAGCCCCAACUCGGUCUCAAUUCUUCACGCUGGCAGAUGAUUCAAGGCGAGACCUCCCCAUCCAUCGAUGUAAUCAUCCACAAUGGCGCCAAAGUCCACUACAGCCAGGACUAUGAGGUCCUGAAGAAAACUAAUGUCUCGCCGACAGUCGAGCUCCUCAAGGCGGUGCAUGGCCGUUACGAGCCCCUACACAGCUUCGUCUUUGUCUCUGGGGGCACCCAGCUAGGCUUCGACGAGGGGAGUGACGAGAGGAACGCGAGCAAGGCGUUGCGUGGGUCAGGGUAUUCUCGCUCCAAGGCUGUGGCGGAACAGGUUGUCCGCCGCUUUGCAAAUCAGCAGAGCGCUAAGGCUCGACAUGUGAGGAUUGUGAAGCCGGGAUUCAUUAUUGGCGAUGCUGAGCGCGGAGUUGCGAGCCAGUCGGACUUUAUCUGGCGGCUUGUUGCCGCGUCGGUUGAGAUAGGGUUUUACAUUGAGGAGGAGGCUGAUGGGUGGCUCUUCGUCUCGGAUAUCACGCGUGUGGCGGGGUUGAUUCUGCGCAGUGCGUUUGAGGACCAACUCCCAUCUGUGGCUAAGGUGCUGGAUGGCCUACGGUUCAAAGCACUGUGGGCUCUACUGCGAGAUCAAUUCGGUUUCGACCUGCAACCGCUCGCCCGCUCCCAGUGGCUCCUGAGGGUGCAGCAAUCCGUAUCCGAGAAAAUGGAGAAACACCCCUUUCUGAGGAAAGAGUUCCCCGCUUUACACCAGGGCGUUGUGCCAUUCAACAAUGCGGCUGGAACUGUCCUGCACCAUGAAGCUGCCGAAGCCACACACCGCUACAUGACAUCGUUCCCCUACGAGCUCGGCCGCAACGACCCAGCCAGCGCAGCAAAGACGCAGCGCAUGGAUGAAAAAUUCACGGAGUUGGCUGCAUUUAUCAAUGCCGAGCCUGAUGAGAUUGCCUUCGGUCAAUCAACAACCUUCCUCCUCCGGUCUCUAGGCCAAGCCCUAAAGCCCCUGCUAAACGCCGACUGUGAGAUCAUUGUCUCAAACCUUUGCCACGAAGCCAGCGCUGCCGCCUGGAUCGCUCUAGCCAAAGACCUGAACAUUGCUAUCAAAUGGUGGGCUCCACCGGCAUCAGACGGGGACGAUCCCGUCCUUUCCCUAUCGACACUGAAGCCGCUACUGACGCCUAAAACCCGCAUCGUGGCCUGCAAUCACGUCUCCAACGUCGUCGGGACUAUUCAUCCUAUCCGGCAGGUCGCGGAUCUCGUCCAUGCGAUCCCGGGGGCUAUCUUCGUUGUUGAUGGGGUGGCCUUUGCACCGCACCGCCCCAUCGACGUCAAGGCGCUAGAUGUCGACUUCUACUGCUUUAGCUGGUACAAGCUCUUUGGGCCGCAUGUGGCACAACUAUAUGGCCGGCGCGCGACGCAGAAACGCGCUCUCACAGGCAUCGCCCACUUUUUCCUCGGCUCCAUGCCAGGCCUUGACUGGCGCCUUCGACUCGGGGCUAACUCCUUCGAGCUGGAGGAGGGCCUUGUCCAUAUCACCCGGUACAUCCACAAAGUCGGGUGGGACAACAUCAUCGCGCAGGAAACGGUCCUACAGGAGGUCUUCCUCUCAUACCUCCGAUCCCGGCCUGAUACGUUCCGGAUCUUCGGUCAAAAGUCUUCCGAUCCCGGCAAGCGCGUGCCAGUGAUUACGUUCCAGGUGCUUCGUGUCUCGCCGACUGCUGUGGCUGAUGCAAUCAACCAGAAAGGCCGGUUUAGGGUUGUUAGUGGGAAUUGUUGGGCGCCGAGGCCGACGCAUGAUGUCCUGGGCUGUGGGGAGGAGGGGCUUAUCAGGGUCAGUUUUGUGCAUUAUAAUACUGUGGAUGAGGUGAAGGAGUUUUGUGGGCAGAUUGAUGAGGUUUUGAAGGGGCUGAGAGGGGAAGGGGAGAGUAGUAACUAG